GUGCUGACGUCGCGGGCAGGGUACUCGAGGAGGUCCGGGGGCGUCUGUCCGGGCGGUGGGCUGUGCGUGGCCUGCAGGGCUGGAUCUUCGGUCCCGUCCCGCCAAGCCCCGCCCCUUCGCCCGCUAGGACUCCCGUGGGCGCAGCCACAGAUCCGCUGUCGCCGGGGCAGCCUGGGGCGGCCGGCCCGGAACCCUCCGAUGAGAUCUCUUCCCUCUAGGGAUGGUGAAGUUGGAAAGAGGCUCCUUUAACCCUCCUGCAGGAUGAACCCCCUGCCAGAAGACGUGGAGAACGCUCUCACUGGGAGUCAGAGCUCUCAUGCCUCCUUGCGCGACGUCCAUUCCAUCAACCCCACGCAGCUCAUGGCCAGGAUCGAGUCCUACGAAGGAAGGGAGAAGAAAGGCAUAUCUGAUGUCAGGAGGACUUUCUGUUUGUUUGUCACCUUUGACCUCUUGUUUGUAACAUUACUGUGGAUAAUAGAGUUAAAUGUGAACGGAGGUAUUGAGAACACAUUAGAGAAGGAGGUGGUGCAGUAUGACUACUACUCUUCUUAUUUUGACAUAUUUCUUUUGGCGGUUUUUCGAUUUAAAGUGUUAAUACUUGCAUAUGCUGUGUGCAGACUGCGCCAUUGGUGGGCGAUAGCGUUGACGACAGCGGUGACCAGUGCCUUUUUACUAGCAAAAGUGAUCCUCUCAAAGCUCUUCUCUCAAGGGGCUUUCGGCUACGUGCUGCCCAUCAUUUCCUUUAUCCUCGCCUGGAUUGAGACGUGGUUCCUGGAUUUCAAGGUGUUACCUCAAGAGGCAGAGGAAGAGAACAGACUCCUGAUCGUUCAGGAUGCCUCGGAGAGAGCGGCGCUUAUACCUGGUGGGCUUUCUGACGGUCAGUUUUAUUCUCCUCCUGAGUCUGAAGCAGGAUCUGAAAAUGAAGCUGAAGAAAAGCAGGACAGUGAAAAACCACUCUUAGAACUAUGAGUGACACUUAUGUUAAAUGUGAAAAACCGUCUUUGAAAGUCACCAGAGGGGAAAAAGGACUGGAGAUGGAUUCUCCCUUUUGAACGUUGCAGUGGUGACAUCCACUGCUGACGUUGUCGGACGGCUAAUAGAGAAUUUAUUUAUUGUAAUACCUCACAGACAUUGUACCAUAUCCACACACAUGUAGCGGCCUGCCUGAGGCUGGAAAGGCAAUGUCAUGCUCCACCCUGUGUUCAGUGAGACUGAGUCUGAUGUGUUCAUGAACAGUUGCAGGAAACUCUCGUGCUGUGUUCCUAAUCAAAAGACUUCUUAGUAUAUUGGAAUAACACUUUUUUAGUAAGCAAAUGUCUUUUUAUUUUGAUUUGCCAAAUGGAAUUUUAUGUCAUGUCUCAGACUUCUUUUGUAUUUCCUUUUCAACACCCUACAUUUCCCGUGUGUGUUUUAACUCAUGCACAUGUGCUCUUUGUACAAUUUUAAAAGGUAACAAAAUCCAACAUGUCAGAAUGAUGAGUUUUAUUUUUCCUGUUUUACUUUAUGUGUUUGGCCUAAAGAGUUAGAAUUACAAAAGGGGGGCAGAGGGAUUGUGAAUACAUAUGAAAAGUCACCAAAAAUUGUAUCUUCCUCUUAGAAGUUUGCUCUAAAAUAGCCUGAAUACUCGUAUGUUGAACCUACUCUAUGAAAUCAUUGCCAUCGUUUUCCCUUGUGUUUAACUAGUUUGAAUUAAAAUGAACUAAAUUA